AUGUACAACAGCUAUGGUGGCUACAACCGCCCUCCGGGCUAUGGAGCCCCUCCAGGUAUGGCGGCGCCUCCGGGAAUGGGCCCCCCUGGCAGUGCUGCAGCACCUCCCGGCGUAGCACCACCUGGUGUCCAGUUCAAUGGCCCUCCCCAGCUCGGCGGUCCGCGCACGCUGCCUCCCAAUUUCCAGCCGCCCGCGGGCAUGCCGAACAUUAACUUCAGUGCGCCCGUCAUACGUCUAGGCACCUCCGGGUCGCAACGCGGCAAUCUUGACAGCCUUGCAGGUGGUCGGCGCGAUGGCGGAACUCCUCUUGCGCGACGCGGACUGGGAAUGGACGACCGAGAUGGUAGGCGUGAAGACGCGCGGCCUCUGCAUCCUCCUACACGCGAAGAGAUUGCGCGUACCAUCUUCGUUGGCAACAUUCCAGCCGCCCUCGGCGAUACAGGCAUCGAAAGGAUACUGGAAACGGCUGGGGCUUUCACAAGGUUUACGCGCGCGAAGGAUGCGAACGACAAGGUCCAGACAUUUGGUUUCGCGGAAUAUGGGGAUGCGCAGAGCUUGAAAGUUGCUACGGAGCUUUUUCAAGACGUUCAAGUCCCGACGAAGCGACAGACUCCAGGCGAGAAGAAGGAUCGAGAUGAGGUCGAGACAACAAAGCUGCAGAUAGUGAUUGACGACGCAUCAGUCAAGUACGCUGAAGAUUGGACGAAGAACGAAGACGAGGAGCAUAUGCAAUUUCGACUGGAUUCCGCCAAGGAAGCCCUAGACCAAGUAAUUGCGCAGCUGUUCAAUCCGCCUGAUGAUCCGCAGACAGACCUCGCUGGGGAUGCCAUGAUGAUGGACACACAAAACGAGGAUAACCCUGACAUUGUUCAAAUCGACAUCACAGCUAGCGGCGAGGAUGAUCUUUCAGAUAUCCCAGCUGAGAUGCGCGAGACCGUGGCAGCCGAAAUUGCUGCCUUCCGUGAUCGCUCAAACCAACGUGAUCUAGAGCGAUUACGCAAGGAAGAGGAAGCUUCCGCAGGCGAAGGACGCGGUAGUGUAGCUGGAGGUGCCAAUGGAGUUCCCGUCGGGCCACGUGCCGAUAGAGGUGUCCAAGGCGCACCCAGCGGACCAAAGGGCUCACAAUUUCCCCGGGACUACCAGGGCAACAUGAAGUUCGUCAAUGGCGAAGCCAUGAUCAAUGGCGGCUUCAUUAACCGAGAAGACGACGAUGAUUCCGCGAGCGACUCCGAGCUUGAAGAGCGUCGCAAAAAAAAGCGCAAUGCCGAGCUUGAUGCGGCCUAUGAGAGGGAGCUCAGUCGCUGGCUCAAACAGGAAAGCCGCAGCGUUUCGGCCCUUGAGCGGACACAUAACACUAUGAAGAACAAAGAGGCCGAAGAGCAGAAGGCUCGUGAAGCAAUGGGGGCCUUCCUCAAGAAUUUCGACGAUGACCAGGAAGAGGCCCGCAAACACGAACUUUACUAUCGCGAUCAUGGUGCGUACAUGCGAGAACGGCAGAGGUUCCGUGAGCGCGAAGAGAGGGAAGAUGCCGUUGACAGAGAGCAAGAAGAGGGCGAGAUGGCCACGAGGCAAAAACAGAAGGCAGAAGCGCGGCAUCAGGCGGAUGCUUUCCUCAACGAGCAGGCUGAAGAGAUGCUUCGUGCCCGGACACCUCGCGAGCCAGAGAAAGGCUUCAAGAUUUCUCUCGGUGCUGCAACUAAGAAGCUCGACCAGAAGUCUGCUCCUCGCCGUAGCGCUGCCGAUGUCGAGAAUUUGCUCGAAGACGAAGAAACAGUUGAUCCUGCCGAUUCCAAGAAGCGGACCCUCAUCCCCAUCAACUUCGAUGCAGCAGUCCGUGCCAACCUCACCCAAGAAGAAGUCGAAGAUGCGCAGAAACAACUCGCCCGCGAUAUUCCCGCUGACAAAAAUGGCCUUUGGAAGUGGUCUGUCUCUUGGGAGCACCUACCUGACAAGAACAUCGAUGAGGAUAUCAAGAAAUGGGCCGCAAAUAAGGUGCUUGACCUGCUUGGUGUUCAGGAGGACAUGAUUGUCGAUACCAUCGUAGACCACCUGAGGAGCCAUGGUAGUGCCGAGGCUUUGGUGGACAAUCUUGAACCUGUCCUCGAAGACGAAGCCGAAAGCCUGGUCAAGAAGCUCUGGCGUAUGGUCAUCUACUACAGCGAGACGGAGAGGAGGGGCAUCAAAUAA